AUGUCUACUGAAACUGCUUUGUCUUACGCUGCCUUGAUCUUGGCCGACUCCGAGAUCGAAAUCUCUUCUGAAAAGUUGUUGACUUUGACCAGCGCUGCCAAGGUCGACGUUGAGGGUAUCUGGGCUGACAUUUUUGCCAAGGCUUUGGACACCCAAGACUUGAAGAGCUUGUUGGUCAACUUUGCCGCUGGCGGUGCCGCUGCCGCUCCAGUUGCUGGUGGUGCUGCUGCCGCUGCUGGCGGUGACGAGGCUGCUGCUGAAGAGAAGGAGGAAGAAGCCAAGGAGGAAUCCGACGACGACAUGGGAUUCGGUUUGUUCGAUUAA